CCGGUGAGGCGGCUCUGGAAAUUGUUAUUAAACAUUCGAUAUCGCAUAUGAUGCUAGGCAGGCUGUGAAUAUUUGACAGCAGCGGACACGAGCCGAGAUGUUUCGUAGCAGUUUUCAAGAAGAACGGGUCGCCAAAGACUCCAAACUGCAAGCGGUUUUCAGCAAACUGGCCGCGGUACUCCCGAGGGCCGAGGACUUGGGUAAUAACAACCCGAAGACGAUGUCCUCCGAUAUCAUCGAAUCAGUCCUGGCUGACACGCCUGUGCCGGUGCCGACAAAUUGGAACCGUCAAGACAUCUCCACCACCACCACCACCACCCACAUAUCCCCCACGUGCGCCUCGGCCGUCGCCGAGGAGGGUGCCGGCGACUGCCUCGCCAUCACCAUCGCCGCCUUGUCCCGGCGCAUCGAGUCGGAGCUGCGGUCCGCCAAGCGCUCACACCUGGCCUGCGGCGAGGUGCUGCUGCCGUGCGGCCUCCUCCAAAGGAUCGCGGCUGACAUCGUCUCCAUGGCCGAGUCGGAGCCGUGCGGCCUGCGGGGCUGCAAGCUGUACCUGCUCUUCGAGACGACGGAGCACUGCAUCAGGGUGGGGACGGUGCAGUGCGACGUCGCCACGGCGCCCACCUUCGAGUUGUACCUUACGCUGAAGCAGAGCUCCACCGGGUGGCAGUUCUUGCCGCAGUUCAUCAGAAAUCUCACGCGUGGCGGCACCAUAGUGGUGAGUCCUGCGUACACCAUAAGCAAGAAAAAGCUCUACCGUUCCUAUAGGGAGGAGUAAGGGGUAAGGGAAACGUUCAUAAGACUGAAAAAAGCAGAAAAAAAACAAGAAAAAUAUGUUUCACAGGACAUUUCAUACAUGUAUUAUUUCAGGAUGAAUUUCACCAUUGUCUCUUUAACUUUAAACCGUACAUAUUAAACUCAUAGUUAAACGUGAUAGUAUUUAGUGGUAGGGAAACCCUUUAGCGCACUAGAUGAGCGGGCAGGCUGCCCUCCCGCCUUGGUUUAGUGUCCUAUGAAUUGUAACAUUUUUAAUUGUCAACAAUACGACUGAGUAAUUUCAUUGUGGCAGACGCAACGAAAUUUUAAGCCUCCCGGACGGGGCCCUCGCGCCGCGUUACGGGCCACAAUCAGUCCGGCGGCGGACAUCGGCCCGCGACGCGUACCGAAGGCCGCGCCGGGACCAUCAGAUAUCGGGCGCCGGCGCGGGGGGACCUGAGGACCGAGUGAAAUCGAGAGAGGCCUUGCCCCCCGCGUCGGUGUCCGUUAUAGACGGAGAGCUAGUAACGUUUUUGCUUACGGUAUUCCAACGGGCCUUAUGUUUUGCAAAGAGAUGCAGCCUGACCUGCUGUAAGUAGAAUAAAUAGAAGUUUGGCAGUCACCGAUGGUGGUUUUAGCACCUUUAAGACUCCAAUAGGGGAUGAAAGAUAGAGAGAAAACGAAAAGUCUGCAUUUUUGGUACAAUAAUACUGAUAAUUUUGUAUGGUAAAUUAAGUUAAAGAUACCAAUAGAUGACACUAUUGAGAAAAAGUGCCGAAUAAGCGUUGAUUGUAGGGAAAAUAUUCAUUAUAACAAAAAAUGAAAAAUGCUGGACAUACAUUGAAGUUUAUUAUAAGUGCCAACAAAAUUGUUUUUGAGUAUGAUGAAAAAACUUUUUUUUUUUUUUGACAUCAGCACCAAUACCUGACAAAACUGAAAUAAACCAAUGGAUGACACAAUGUGUUUGCCCAAUAGGUGACACAUUUUUAUAUAAUCUAAAGCUCUCUAACAGGCAACGAUUGUCCAAAAAUGUAACUAAACUUAUCUCCUCGUCUUAAAAUUUUUGGAUGAGGCACUCUGCCUAUCACCUGGUCCACAGAUAUUGUUGAAAUGUUCUGUUCAUUUGCAACAAACUCUUUCUUUGCCUUGUCCGUAGAUUUUAAUCCCAUGACUCUUAAUAUAUGACUCUUUCUUUUCUUGUACCACAUAAUGAUUUUGUCUGAUUGCGUUUUCCACCCAAAAAUUCACAGAGCAGAAAAUCGCUCUUCAUUGAAACUGGAAAUCAUUGUUUUUGUCAUCGAAUUCUUCACCCCAUGGAGAUGAUUCACUACUAUCAAAUGAUAGUGCUUUCUUCUUCUGCUUUUGUCACUUAUUUCUUUCUUCUUCAAUUUCUGUUCCUCAAUAAUUUUCUUCCUUUCUUGUGUCACUUUACGUUUUCGUGCUCUUUCCUCCUUUAUCUUUGUUUGCUUUUCUGCUUUCUUUUGUUUUUCAUAUACUUUUUUUUUUUAUAAUAACUGAUCAUUGAGGUGAUGUAAUCACAGCAGAAAGUUUUUCUCUUUUCAUUAUUUUCAAAGUGGUUGGUCGGUUGUCAGUCCAGAAUAAUGGCUCUUUUUUUCUGUUUCGGCAUCUGAAAACAGUACAAGUGUUCCAAAAUAGCCGCUUGUCUGUACAAUCCAAUAGGUGUCACCUUAGAAACCCAUAGAUGACACCCUGUGUCAUCCAUUGGUUGCUGGUGUUUUAUCAGGAUGAAAUUUCUGUGGGCAAACAAAUUUAAAAUAUUUUACUUAUACGCGAGUGAUAUCGUAAUAAAAUAAUAAAAUCCAAUGCCUGACCCGUGAUGUCAUCUUACUCUUUUAGCUAUAUCAAUAGCUGACACUAACGUUAUCAAAUUCAUUAUACAAGAAUUUAUUUAGAAAUCAAUUUCACUCAAAAUAUAAAAAAAAACAUACUUUUAAACUUACCUUCUUACGAUAUUGUUAAGAAUUCAAGUCCAAGUAGAAUUUUACACUUUCAAAGAAACUAUCAAAUGACUGCAAUAAAACAUAAAAUAAAAAGCGAGAAAUGGUGCAGACAAUUAACUAUGAGGUUGAGCAGUGCUAUCAACAUUAGUAUUUUUGCGGGAAAUAUGUUUUAGUUUAAAAAUCAACAGUUUAAAAUUAGGUGUCAUCUAUUGGAACGAGAAAUGUGGGGUGUCAUCUAUUGGUGGUUUUACCAUAUUGUCAAAAAUUGAUUUUCCUCAAUAAAACACUAUGCUAAUUAAGAAACUCGUAAAUAUGUAGCUAAAAAAACAUUUUCUAUGUAAGGAUAUACUUAAUUUUUGUGCAUUUAACACAAAAAUUACUUUU